AUGGUCCGUGAUGGUGACUACCUGUCAUUUGUAGACGAGUUGCCAGACCGUUUCAUCCCAAGCCAUGGCCGUGUGACCGACUGGAACAAGGCCUUUAUCGCCGAGGUCAACCAUGAUCGUACAUUCUCGCUGUUCUUUGCCGAGCAUGGCACGCAGAGCAACAUCGACGUCGGACCAGACAAGAAGUGGAGCCAGUACGCCACCAGGAUCCCAGUCAACGGCCUCUCCCUCACCAACUACUACUGUAACGCCCAUUUUGAUGCUGGUGACCCUCUACGUUUCGCCCUCGACAACAACUGCUAUGUGGUUGACAACUUUGAUCGUAUUAUGGGAUUGAAGGAGGUCUGGCACGGAGGAAGAUGGGCCGCCAUCGACAGUUCGACCGUUAUCUUGACCGAGGUGAUUGCCAUGGAACCACCCAGCCCCACCGCUACCGAGGGAGACACUUCAGCAAGACUCAGGAGGUCCGACAAACCUGCCCUGGCCCCUGCCGACCAGGCCAUCAUGCUGAACUUUAUCUCGGACUUUAAUACCGUGCUCAAGACCCAUGACUUUAACAAGGAUGGCCGUAUCGACAGGAACGAGUUGACCCAGGUACUCCUCAACUCUGGUACACCCUUUGACAAGGCCACCAUCUCUGUCAACAACUUGUUCCGUGUGUUGGAUCGUGACAACAACCAAGUCAUCGAUAUGAAUGAUGUGUUGACCUACAACACUCGCUCAGGUGCAGUCCAGCAGCCAGGCCAAUACCCCCAGCAACCCCAAUACCCUCAGCAGGCGCCCCAGGGUCUGACCCCAACCGAGUCAGCGACUCUGCAAGGCAUCAUAACAAACUUUGGCUCAUCUCUCCAGGUCUACGACACCAACAGAGAUGGCAACAUCGACAGGAAUGAGUUGAUCCAGGCAUUCGUCCGUUCAAACUUGCCAUAUGACCAAGCCACCCAAGCCGUCAACAAGAUCUUUGCUGCCCUGGAUCGUGACAAUAACGGUGUGAUCAACAUGACAGACAUUCAACUCUACAGCCAGAACCCAAUGUCAUUUGCCCCAACAGCACCACAACAACCUCAACAAUACCAACAGCCCAUUCAACCAAUGCAACCAACUCAGCCAGUCCAACAAGGCUUGACCCCUACCGAGUCCGAGAUAAUCAAAGGAUUCAUUGUCGACUUUAACAGCAAGCUCCAAACUUGUGACACCAACAGAGAUGGAAACAUUGAUAGGAACGAGGUACUGCAGUCACUCCUCCGCACCAACACUCCAUAUGACCAGGCCAACCAGACAGUCAACAAGAUCUUUGCCGCCUUGGAUCGUGACAACAAUGGUGUGAUCAACAUGAACGACAUUCAGCUUUACUGUCAGAACCCAAUGUCCUUUGCUCCUACUCUCCCGGACCGUGCUCCACAGUCUCAGUUUGUUCAACCAGGUCAGCCCCAACAGCCAUAUCAACAACCUUACCAACAGCCAAUCCAACAGCCAUCUCAACAGGUUGGACAAGGUCUGACACCCACCGAAGCAGCUAUGGUCCAAGGAUUCGUCACCAACUUUGGCGCCACUCUUCAGACUUGUGAUACCAACAGAGAUGGAAUGAUUGACAGGAAUGAAUUGACCCAGGUUCUCCUCCGUGCCAACACACCCUACGACAUGGCCAACACCAUGGUCAACAACAUGUUCCGUGCCUUGGAUCGUGACAACAAUGGUGUCAUCAACAUGACUGAUAUCCAACUCUACAACCAGAGCCCAUCUUCUGUGUCCACUCCACAGCCCCAGUACCCUCAACAGCCCCAGCAGCCACAGUACCCUCAACAGCAACAGUACCCUCAGCAACAGCCACAAUACCCACAACCACAACAGCAACCAAUACAAACUCAAGGAUUGACUCCAACUGAGGCUGCCAUGGUCCAGGGUUUCAAGACCAACUUCUCAGUCACUCUCCAGACUUGUGAUACCAACAGAGAUGGAAUGAUUGACAGGAAUGAAUUGACCCAGGUUCUCCUCCGUGCCAACACACCAUAUGACAUGGCAACCACCAUGGUCAACAACAUGUUCCGUGCCUUGGAUCGCGACAACAACGGUGUCAUCACCAUGUCUGAUAUUAUGAAUUAG